AUGAAUAAACAGAGAAUAUUGUUGAAUUUAUUAUUCUCACUUCUUUAUGUUGUUGACGGUCUUGAUAAAGGAACAUUUCCUCAAUCAAAAAAUUUUGCAUUUGGUUGUGCAACAUCUGCCUAUCAAGUUGAAGGGGCCACUCGCCGUUCAGGUAAAAGUAAAUCAAUUUGGGAUAAGUUUGUUCAUUUAAAACCAUCUUUGAUAUAUGGCAAUGCAACAGGUGAUAAAGCCGAUCAGUUUUAUGACCGGUAUUCAACGGAUCUGAAAUUAUUUCGUCGAGCGAUUGGUAUUAAAUAUUUUUCUUUAUCAUUCUCGUGGGCACGUAUUUUACCGGACCCACGUUCUGGUAGUAAAGUAGAUGACGCCGGUAUUCAACAUUAUAAGAAACUUCUUAAAUUGGUUCGAAGUGAAAACCUGACAGCCAUUUGUACGCUAUAUCAUUGGGAUUUACCAGAAAAAUUACAAGAUGACUAUCAAGGUUGGACAUCACGUAGAAUAGUUGAUGAUUUUCGAUAUUAUGCUCAGGUUGUUUUCACUCAUAUUGGCUCACUUUGUCCCAUGUAUGUGACACUGAAUGAGCCACGUACAGUGUGUAUCACAGGCUAUGGUCCAAAUCCAUCAUUUGCACCAUAUGACAAAGGUUCAAUAAGUGCUGUGUACAAAUGCGGUCAUUACUCAAUAUUAUCUCAUUUGGCAGCAGUUGAAGAAUAUCGAAAAACAAAAUUAAAUGGAAAAAUUGGAUUAAAAGUAGAUGGA